GCUAAUGGUCAUUCAGUGGUUCAGUAGUGUUUUUCCCCGAGUUUUAAGCAUCUCGUCGGGACUUUACGGAGAAAUAAAUCAUCCACUGUAAACGUCCGCUGCACACUUCGUACCGAAAGCAGGGCAAGAAAAAAAAAAAAAUUAAAAAAAAUUGCAACAUUGGAUCUACGAUCCGGUCUGUUACAGCAGAGGCUAUAAGAGACAUAUCUUGCGUCCAUAGAGUGUGCGGGGUGUUCAUAGAUGGUCAAACGGUUUAGUGUAUGCAGCAGUGCGGCGUACGAGAGUUGAAAAUUGAAUGGAAAAACAGUUUAGGAAUAGUCACGACGAAGAUGCCGCUCUUCGGUAAAAAGGACUCUAGCAAGAAAUUAAAGAAGGAUGGAAAGGACGAGAGGUUACCAUCGGUUGACGAGAAAUACAUCCUCAAGGAAUUACUCGGAACCGGAGCGUUUUCCGAGGUCAGAUUGGCGGAGAGUAAAGAAAAACCUGGUCAGAUGUUUGCCGUCAAAAUAAUUGACAAGAAGGCGUUGAAGGGUAAAGAAGACUCGUUGGAGAAUGAAAUAAAGGUGUUGCGAAGGUUCAGUGAAACAGUGAAACCACAGAGCGGUGGUGGACCGUUCAAGUCGGAUAAUAGUGGCGAAACGGGAUGGCUGACCCACCCAAACAUCGUGCAGCUUUUGGAAACGUUCGAAGACAAGCACAAGGUCUACUUGGUAAUGGAGUUGGUCACCGGGGGAGAACUCUUCGACAGAAUUGUAGAGAAAGGUUCCUACACGGAGAAAGAUGCUUCCGGUCUUAUAAGACAAGUGCUCGAAGCAGUCGACUACAUGCACGAACAGGGCGUCGUUCAUAGAGAUUUGAAACCUGAGAAUCUCCUCUACUACAGUCCGGACGAAGACAGUAAAAUCAUGAUCAGUGACUUUGGCCUAUCAAAAAUGGAGGAUUCUGGAAUAAUGGCGACGGCCUGCGGCACGCCUGGCUAUGUCGCACCCGAGGUAUUGGCGCAAAAGCCUUACGGCAAAGCCGUCGACGUAUGGAGCAUAGGUGUGAUAUCUUAUAUUCUAUUGUGCGGAUAUCCACCGUUCUACGACGAAAAUGAUGCCAAUCUGUUCGCUCAGAUACUACGAGGUGAAUUUGAGUUCGAUUCGCCGUACUGGGACGACAUUAGCGACUCUGCGAAGGAUUUCAUUAAGAAAUUGAUGUGCGUUAAUGUUGACGAACGAUACACCUGCAAACAGGCACUGGCGCACCCUUGGAUAUCCGGAAACGCGGCGAGCAAUAAAAAUAUCCAUGGCCCGGUAGGAAUGUCUCCCUGUUGUCUCAUGGUUGCAGCAAGCAUAUCACGCGACUACGGUCAUCCGUCAGAUGCAACGGCUAGCGCUCAACAGUGGCCUUCAGCAGCAGCAGCAGCAGCAGCAGCAGCAGCAGCAGAAGGGUGUCCAAGGUUCGACCGGCCUUUCCUCCAGUGGAAGCAAUUCAACGCAGCAGCGCCAAGACCAAUCGUCCGUCAGUCCAAAUAUAAAUCGCCAUCAACAACAGCACAGAGCUCCGCUAGGACAGUCGACAAAUUACAACUGAAGCCAAUGCUAGAGGAGGUACAACAAUCCAAUGUCGUACCAGCUUUGUUGGUUCUGGCGACUCCCGUGACACCGUUAUCUCUAAACGACUCUAAGAUAUAUCACCGUAGUAAACGCUUCAAGUUGUUAUGGUGCAGCACGCGAAGCGCUCUCUCAACAUUGUUCCCAGCGAAAAUAUCGCAUCUUAGAAAGCAUAAGAAGUGUAAAAAGAGUUGAACGUCUUAAAUUUGAACAAUGCAUGUUCGAUUCUUUCUGUUUGCUCUACAUUCUAUAUAUAUUUUUGUUAUUCUUUCGAUCUGGAUCUGAUUUUUUUCGAAUAAGAAAAUCGCGACGAAUUUUCCACAAGCGAUUGGGCCGAAAUAUCAAAAUCUUCUAUCGUUGAUUUGGAAAAGAAGA